AUCGGGAAACGACCGCGUGUUUAGAAAUUCCGUCAGAAUGGCGGUUCGCGCACAGCAAAGGCCGUCAUUUCGUCGCAGUAACCCCUCACAAACCGGUCCCUUUAUUCCACAAUUCCCCUUGGAUAUUGUUAUGUUAGAACCGAAUCUGAUCAUUCCUGCUGAUGACCAAAAACUAUUACAAUGUUUAUUAGAUCAUCAUGGGAAAUUAACGCCAUCUCCUGAUUCUCAACACGCUCUGUCGAAUUUAAACAAUAGAAUUUGUGAAAUUUUGGAUAAUAUUAUCGUAAAUCCGUCUAUAUUCGAAUCUGGGCAAUUGGAUCAUGUUCGUUCAGUUGGAUCUUUCAAAUUGAACACGUGGUUGAAUGGUUCUUGUAUAUCUGACUUGGCCUGUGUGUUUCGAACACUCCCAACUCUUGAAGCUGUACAAAAUUUAGCAAGUUUUGUUCGUCGCCAGUUGACAAGCAAUAAUUCAUCAUCUGAACAUGUUAAUUGUAAAGUUGAAUUAGAAAGCUAUGGAUUUUCUGUUGCCUCAGGAGACUGUAUUGUACAAGUACUAAUCACUACUACUCCAAUGAAUUUAAAUCGAACAAGUCCUGAUAUACAUAUUAGUUUAGCUGCACAAAAAAUUGCUUUGGCUUCAAUUCGUCAUUUAAGAUGGGCAGAAGACAAUGCAACACAUACUACCGUGAAGGUUUUAAUACGUAUCUUGAAAGAUUUUCGGCGACGUUUUCGUGGUUUUAGUUAUAUGAAUUCCUGGUUGAUAGAUUUAUUAGCUCAUUAUGUUGUAAUGAAUAAUCCAUCACGUCAACCUUUGCCACUUAAUCAUGCGUUCAGACGUGUAUUCCAUCUAUUGGCCAGCGGUUUCCUUCUUCCUAAUAGUACAGGUUUAAUUGAUCCUUGUGAACAAGGAAAUUUACGUCUUCACUCGUUAAUGUCUCUUGUUGAACAGGAUGAAAUAUGUUGUACAGCUCAAGUACUAUUACGAAUUCUUAAUUACGAAGAUUACCCAUCACUAUUCACUCAUACUGAUUUGGAUGAUACAUCAAGAGAACAAUUAUUAAAGACCGCCACAAAAUCGAUUGAUCAUUUGAGUAUUUUAGAAUGGCCUGAACCAGUUGCAUUGCAUUCACAACAAAUAACAGAAAAUGGUAAAAUAAAAUUUGAUUAGACAGGGGAAAAAAAAGCCAAAUACAUUUGUUUUUUAAAUGAA